AUGGCGGGGGCGCAGUCGCAGGCGAUGCUGGAGAAGAUGGAGCUGCGGCAGAGCUACCGCAACGUCUGGCACACCGACCUCACCAACGCCGUCGCUGCGGACUUCCCGUGGUGCUGCCUGUCGCUGUGGUGCGGCCCCUGCGUGUCCUACAUGCUGCGCAGACGCGCGCUCUACAAUGACAUGUCAAGGUACGUGUGCUGCGCUGGGUACAUGCCGUGCAGCGGCAAGUGCGGUGAGAGCCGGUGUCCGGAAGUAUGCCUUGCAACCGAGGUGUUCUGCUGCUUCGGCAACUCGGUUGCUUCCACCCGGUUCCUGCUGCAGGACGAGUUCAACAUCCAGACGACGCAGUGCGACAACUGCAUCAUCGCCUUCAUGUUCUUCCUGCAGCAGCUGGCCUGCAUCUGCUCCCUAGUCGCCUGCAUCGUCGGCAACAGCGAGCUCUCGGAGGUGGCGCACGUCAUCUCCUGCAUGUCCAACUUGGUCUACUGGACGGUUUGCUCGUGCAUGCAGACGCAGCACAAGGUGGAGAUGGACAAGAGGGACGGCACGUUGAACACCAUGUCUGCGCCCCCGAUGCAGCAGAUGUCGCGUUGGUAA